AUGCUGAGCCAGCGUUUGGUGCGCGCAGCUGCCGGCGCGGCGACCCCCCGCACGGCGCUGCGAGCUGCCUUCUCCACCACUGGCCAGCCAUGUACCAAGACGCCCGGCAUGGCCGACAUCAGCGCUUCGCCCCAGAGCGUCGAAGAAUUCAACAAGAGGCAGCAGGCAUUCCGAGAGCAGUUGGUCGACCAGCAGAAGCAGCGGGAAGCAAGUGCGUGGGCUCAUCGUUCCUCUCCCCCUCCCCCCUCCUCCUCCCUGUCGCCCGCCGACGCCGAGAAACUCGGCUCACUGAAGGCCUCUUCUGCAGGAUCCAAGGCCGACGCCAAAGAGCCCACCAAGAAGGCCGGCCCGCUAACGAACCUCAUCUAUGGUACCAAGGAAGGACGCGAGCUCGAGGCCCAGCUCGAGGCGAGCUUCAGCCAGGUCCUUGCCCGCGGCAAAUAUGUUCACACCAUCUCCUUCCACGAGGUCAAGCAGGACAGGCUCGAGGAGUACGUCGACCUCAUCAGCAAUUGGUACCCCAAGAUGGCCGCUUUGCCCGAGAACAAGGUCCACCUCGUGGGCAGCUGGAGGACCGAGAUUGGCGACACCAACACCUUUGUCCACAUCUGGGAGUACCAGCGAUACCAGGGCUACCACGAGUCGAUCCACAACAUCGCCAACCACCCCGAGUACGCCGACUUUGAAAAGAAGCUCCGCAGCCUCAUCCACUCGAGGAAGAACUCCCUCAUGCAGGAGUUCUCCUUCUGGCCCACGACGCCCCCGCGCAAACUCGGCGGCAUCUUUGAGCUGCGCUCCUACACCCUGCACCCGGGCAACCUGCUCGAGUGGGAGACGCACUGGCGGCGCGGCCUCAAGGCCCGCCGCGAGGUCAUGGAGGGCGUCGGCGCCUGGUUCGUCCAGAUUGGCGACCUCAACACCGUCCACCACCUCUGGCAGUUUGCCAACCUGGAGGAGCGCAAGAUCCGUCGCGAACAGAGCUGGCAGAUUGAGGGAUGGAGCGAGACGGUCCACAAGACGGUGCCCCUCAUCCAGAAGAUGGAGUCGAGGAUCCUGACGCCCAUGCCCUGGUCGCCAGUGCAAUAA